UUCCACAAUGAAACUCCUGCUGAUUUUUGCUGCCCUGGUGGCAGGCGUCUUCACUGAAAGGACAUUUAUUGGAGACCAAGUGCUGAGGAUCAAGGCAAAGAGCUAUGAUGAAAUUAAUCAACUUCAGGCCUUAGAAACAUUGGCACACCUGCAGCUUGACUUCUGGGCUGAGCCUCAUAACCCUGACAUCCCAGUCGAUAUCAGAGUCCCCUUUGAAAAUCUUCAGUCAGUGAAGGUUUACCUGGAAUCCAACAACUUUGAGUACUCUAUCAUGAUCGAAGACCUGCAGAAAGUGAUUGAUGAAGAAAAACAAGAGAUGGAAAUGAACGCACGCAAGGAACGUAACUCCGGCACUUUCAACUACGGGGCUUACCAUAGCCUGGACACUCUGUACAAUACCAUCAGCAGCAUUGCUCAAGACUACAGCUCUUUGGUUACCAGACAACAGAUCGGAACUUCUUAUGAAGGACGCCCCAUUUAUGUCCUUAAGUUCAGCACUGGUACCAACCGCCCAGGUAUCUGGGUCGAUGCUGGAAUUCAUGCCAGAGAGUGGGUCACCCAAGCUACUGCCCUGUGGACUGCACACAAGCUUGCCUCAGACUAUGGAAAGGAUGCAUCCGUCACCUCUCUACUGAAUAGCCACGAUGUGUUUCUCCUGGUUGUCACUAAUCCUGACGGAUAUGUUUACUCUCACUCUGCUGACCGUAUGUGGCGUAAAACUCGUUCAGUUAACUCUGGCAGUAGGUGUUAUGGUGUAGAUCCUAACAGAAAUUGGGAUGCAGGAUUUGGAGGGCCAGGAGCCAGCAGUGAUCCGUGCUCUGACACUUACCGUGGGCCCAGAGCAGAGUCUGAAGUUGAGGUUAAAGCUGUUGCAGACUUUAUCAGAGCACAUGGAAGGAUCAAGGGCUUCAUUAGCAUCCACAGCUACUCCCAGUAUCUCCUCAUCCCCUACGGAUACAAGUGCACAAACCCUGCUGACUACACUGAGCUGAUGAACGUGGGCAGAGCAGCAACAAGCUCUCUGAGCUCCUUGUACGGCACAAAGUACACUGUUGGUACUAUCUGCACCACCAUCUACCAAUCUAGUGGUGGAAGUAUAGACUGGACCUAUGAUCUGGGAAUCAAGUACUCCUUUGCCUUUGAGCUACGUGACACUGGGCGCUAUGGUUUUCUGCUUCCAACCACUCAGAUCCUGCCCACAGCUCAGGAAACUUGGCUGGGCUUAAAGAAGAUCGUGGAGCACAUCCGAGACAACCCCUACUAAAAACAAACAAGACCAAAGUGUGCAGUGUAUGUUCUAAACCUUUGUAUUUCUAUGGCAAGAGCCUAAUAAAGAACAAAGUCAAUCAUA